UGGAACCUUUGCAGGCUUUGCUUGCUUACUCCGCCGCGAUCACCAGCCACCCAUAGAAAGAGAACCUAAAAAACAUCUCUCAUCCUCCUCUGUUCAUCAAUCGCAGUCGCAAAGAAAGAGAAAACAGACCCAACCAAACAAAAAAACAAAAACUGAAAAAUCAUAGAGCUUUUCCAAUGGAAGGAACUGGGCAGCGGCUCAGCCGGUUUUAUUCCAGAUACGGAUUAGGCCCAGCUCCAUCUGCUCCAGUCUUCACCGGCCCUGUCCGAAAAUGGAAGAGGAAGUGGGUUCCUUCAGAGCCCAACAAGGACAAUGCCGUCUCCGGCAAGCGUGGCCACCAGCACCAGGAGCAGGACGCACCUAGCCUCCUCCUCUGCCGCUGGACCCCGCUAAACAGCUCCGGUGAGUCGUCGGAGCCCUCUAAGCGCAAGUUCCGCUACACCCCGGUUAUUGCGUUCGAAGAAAAGAAGAAAGAAGCUGUCGAAAGGCUGGACGAUGAUGCUGCAAGAAUUGAAAAGAACCAAUCUAGAGCAGAUGUGAUAAUGACUAUUGAUAUGCCCUUUGAGAAGCCGCACUUUAAUGAUAAUUUCGUGGAAGAAAUGAAGGAACCUGGUGAGGACCACGCAUAUUUUGAGAAUUUGGAUUUGCAGCUUUGACUUAAAGAAGCCAUUAUGACGGAGUAAUUGGGAGAGCAGUUUACUGUAUGAGAAGAUCUGAGCACUUUAGAUGGCCUUUUUCGAAAGUUAAUUUCACUUGCAUUGAGGACUAUGAACUGAGAGAGAGUAUGCAUCACCUCGAAGCCCCUCCCUCUUGUAAUUAUGCUCCACUUAAACCUUCUGCUAUUAAGCUCCAUGUUUGGCAUGUGUACUGCUGGGUCGGUUUCAGGGAAAAUCAGCAGUAAAUAUCUCUAAGUUUUCUA